GAAUGUAUAUAUAUAUAUAGCCACAUGACCCCUAUACAUAAAUGGUAACGAAGACCCUUUCUUAACAAAGAAAAUUCGACUCACAACAAUAAUAUUAGUUUUAUAUUCUAUAAAUAUAACUCUAACUGAUUAUUACAACUGCGCGAGUAGCAUGGCGGUGAACAUAACUUCCAUCAAAACGGCUUCGAAUGGAGUGUGGCAAGGGGACAAUCCCUUACACUAUGCCUUCCCUUUGUUGAUACUUCAAACCACUUUGAUCCUCAUCCUCAGCCGCUUCCUUGCCUUUCUUCUCAAGCCCCUCCGCCAACCUAAAGUCAUCGCCGAGAUCAUCGGGGGAAUUCUUCUGGGGCCCUCAGCUUUAGGACGAAACGAGGAAUACUUAAACCGCAUAUUCCCUAAAUGGAGCAAUCCCAUACUGGAGUCUGUCGCAAGUAUCGGACUGCUCUUCUUUCUUUUCCUAGUCGGAUUAGAGCUCGAUCUCAGCUCUAUCCACCGUAGUGGCCGCAAAGCUUUCGGCAUAGCCCUCGCCGGGAUUACUCUCCCUUUCGUUUGCGGCAUCGGCGUUGCUUUUGUACUUCGCAAAACAGUCGAAGGAGCUGACCAAGUCGGUUACGCUCCAUUCCUAGUCUUCAUGGGUGUGUCUCUCUCCAUCACUGCCUUCCCGGUACUUGCUCGCAUUCUUGCUGAGCUUAAACUCCUUACCACAGAAGUAGGGGAGACUGCCAUGGCUGCAGCUGCUUUCAACGAUGUAGCUGCAUGGAUCCUCCUCGCGCUGGCCGUUGCACUAGCUGGUAACGGAGACGGUGAGGGUGGAAAAAGUCCAUUGGUGUCGCUCUGGGUGCUGAUAUCAGGGGUUGUUUUCGUGGUGUUUAUGAUGAUGGUUGUUCAACCGAUCAUGAAAUGGGUGGCCAGGCGAUGCUCUUCGGAAGGCGAGGUGGUGGACGAGGCGUACAUAUGCUUGACUCUUGCAGGGGUCAUGGUCUCUGGGUUCUUGACCGACCUCAUCGGAAUCCAUUCCAUAUUUGGGGCCUUCGUUUUUGGGUUGACGAUUCCUAAGGGAGGGAACUUUGCUGACAGGCUAAUCGAGAGGAUUGAGGACUUCGUGUCUGGCUUGCUGCUGCCGCUUUACUUCGCGUCGAGUGGGUUGAAGACCAACGUGGCUAAGAUCAGUGGUGGGAAGGCAUGGGGCUUGUUGGUGCUUGUUAUAACCACUGCCUGUGCUGGGAAGAUCAUCGGCACUUUCGUUGUCGCCAUGAUGGUUAGGAUUCCAGUUAGGGAGUCCCUCACCCUUGGUGUCCUCAUGAACACCAAAGGCUUGGUUGAGCUCAUUGUUCUCAACAUUGGCAAGGAGAAAAAGGUACUCAACGACGAAAUUUUUGCUAUACUAGUCUUGAUGGCCCUCUUUACAACUUUCAUCACAACACCAACUGUGAUGGCCAUCUACAAGCCAUCUCGUGGUGGCAACUCUAUUCGAACCCACCGCAAGCUCCGUGAUUUGUCCAUGACCGAAGAAUUCCAAGAUGAGCUCAGAAUCUUGGCUUGUGUUCACGGUCCUAGCAAUGCAGCAUCCCUCAUCAGCCUGGUCGAGUCCUCGCGUAGCACGAAGAAGUCGAUGCUCAAGCUUUUUAUCAUGCAGCUUGUAGAGCUGACGGAGCGAUCCUCUUCCAUUAUUAUGGUCCAUCGUGUCCGAAAGAACGGUCUCCCUUUCUUCAAUGUUUUUCGUCGUGGCGAUUGGCACAGUCGUGUUGCUGGAGCAUUUCAAACUUAUGGCCAACUCGGGCGAGUCUCAGUUCGACCCACUACCGCCAUCUCGGCACUCUCCACCAUGCACCAGGAUAUCUGCCAUGUGGCUGAAGAAAAACGUGUUGCCAUGAUUAUUCUGCCCUUCCACAAACAAUGGAAUGGUGCUGAUGAUGAGUCCUUGCAAAACAUGGGCCAUGGUUGGAGAGGGGUCAACCAAAUGGUACUCAAGCACUCGCCUUGCUCUGUGGCUGUGUUGGUAGAUCGUGGCUUUGGUGGCUCAGGCAUUCAAACUCCUGGUCCCAUUACUGUUGUGACCCAAAGGGUCUGCAUAGUUUUCUUUGGUGGACCCGAUGAUCGCGAGGCCUUAGAGUUGGGUAGUCGGAUGGCAGAGCAUCCUGCAGUUAAGGUAACUGUUGUCAGGUUUGUUAAUAAGGAGGGAUUGAAUGGAGAUAGGGUAACACUAAUGCCGUCACCGAACAAAAGUACUGAGAUUAGCUAUAGCUUUUCCACCGCCACUAUGAACAGACCAGUUGAAAAGGAACUAGAUGAGACAGCAGUGACAGAGUUCAGAAGUAGGUGGGACAUUGGAAUAGUUGAGUACACAGAGAAAGUUGCGACAAGCAACAUGAUAGAGGAGGUCUUAGCCGUAGGGCGCAAUAUUGAUUAUGACCUUAUAGUUGUUGGGAAGGGUCGAUUCCCAUCAAACAUGGUGGCAGAAUUAGCAGAACGACAUGCAGAACACCCAGAAUUGGGGCCAAUUGGGGACAUUUUGGCUUCACCAGGGCAAGGCCUAACCUGUUCUGUUCUGGUCAUUCAACAACAUGACUUAGCUCACAAUGAGGAGUUGCCAGUCUCAAAGGUUGUUCACCCAGUACAAACAAGUACCACUAGUACAAGCAGUAGUAGUUCCAUCCAACAAGUCUCAACAGACGUUGUGUAGGAACAGUAAGAUAAUUUUUAGUAAAUAUAAUUUGGUAUUUCAAGAAUAACAGAAACUUGAAUCACAUCAUCAAAUUAUUGUACACACAUUUAUAUGUGGCUUUUUUUUAUUCUCAAUGAAAAUAUAGUCAAAUAUUAUACA